AUGACAAAGUCUAAUAAAACAUCAACUCCCGAAUAUUUAGAGUGGGAGGCUAAAUUAACUGAUUUGCUAACUAUUAUAUCUGAUAAGCAUCAUCCUUGGCAAUACAUUGAUUCUUCACAGGAUAGUAUUAUUAAGAUUUCUAAAUUUUCAGAAGAAAAAGAUGCUAAAUGUCCAAUAUGCAAAGAUGUAUAUACACAUUUAGGUAUGUGGGGUGAUUGGAGCU